AUGGGUUCAGUCAACAGACCGGCCAAACGUGCAGCCGACGAUGACGACUACUCCAAUACGAGUGCGCCCGGCCAAGCAUCAGGCUCAUCAGGGGCGGCGCCUGACAGUAAAACUCCAAUUGAGCGCCGUCCCAGUCAACGCCAGCGACCGAACGAGCCAGAGACGGAGACGGAGACGGAGACGGAGACGGAGACGGAGACGGAGCCGAUCGACUCUGACGGUGUCGCGAUGACAACCGACUCCGAUGCGGGAUCGUCUUGGCUCAACGAUGUAUCCAUGCCGCAUGUCCAUCAUUCUUUUUUGAUCUCAUCGUUGGCCUUGGCGACGGGUGGGACGGCAUCUGGCUCGGCGUCAGCUCAGGACGACGACGAUGACGACGACGAGCAAGCUCAGCCCCGAGACAGAGAUAGUUGCCACGAACUGGAACGGCUCAUCCAAGAUGUCCAGCAGCAGAGUAGUCAAACCCCCGAUGGCUCCAUCACCUGGUCAAAGCAACAGGUCGAUCAACUCGUCGAUGUACUCCAACUCGCUUUACAAACCCGUCAGUCGCAAAGGUGCCGCCGCGCCACUUACCUUACUUCAGCAGUCCCUCAAUUGGCCCCUGUCACUUUGGACUCGGGCGAGCUCAUCGCGCAUCCUCCUCUUCUCUCAUCCAGAAAUGGACAGACCCCUCACCAAGAGGGACUUGCUCCAACUCUUGAACGACAAGUCAACAUCACACCACAGUCGAGCCGCAUCCUCUGACAAGGUCAGACCAACCCCUCACGAGUCAGUUUUCCCGGGUCUUGGGCCCUACUCCCGAUCAUCGAGAUCGGCUCGAUUGACUCUCCUCACUCUUCACCCAGCUCCGUCGCAUAUGGCAAGAGAGCUAUCAACCGUCUACCGAUGGAUGUAAUCCUCGUCAUUGUCGAUCAUCUCAAGGCCCUGGCCUACCACGACCCCCACCUAUCCUACUCUCAUACCCAACGUGCCAUCCGAGCUUGGACCGAGAUAAACUCGCUCGCACGUGUAAACAAGAUGUGUGAGUGGAAGGACCACGUUUGGUCUUGUACGCUCAACUUACGCUUCGAGUCCGCUCCAUGCAGUCCGCUCCUGCUGCAGACCGAUCUGUCACUCGGAAACACUCGUACUCGAGCUUAAGAUGCUGCCCAACCUCUCACGUCGACUACAGCAACAACCGAGCAUCGCAUUGGGCCUGCGUUCGUUACAUCUACAGCUGCUGUGGGUCACAUAUCAUUCGAGAGAUACACAAAUCUCCGCUCUCGUGCUGACGUGCCACCAUUCUGCAGCUCAUUCGAGGACUCUCGUCAAGCCAAGCACGACUACGGCUUCCUCUUGCCCGACAUCAUCCGCCAAGUACCUCACCUCCGUCGGCUGUGCAUCAUCGUCGAUCGCGAUAUCGCCUAUUCACGGCCGCGUAAUCUCGACAGCUUCGACCACUUCACCGGUGGCGUGCGCAUGUCCGAGUUGAUCGUCGAAUGCUUGCCCUCGCUCGACGAGCUCGUGUACGGCGCCCCGGUCUCGAUGGAUGACAUCAAGGGUUUCUUGACGCUCAAGGACUUGCGUGCACUAGACAUCACGGGCUACGUCGAUCCCUCACCCCCUUCAUCCCAAUUCAAAUCGUGUCUUCCCGCCUUGCGUCGAUUUUGGUGCCCCACAGCGCUCUUUUCCAUCUCGCAGCUCCAUGGUCUCUUCCUCAAAUCCUCACGCUUGACCGAGCUCGCCUUCAUCUACGACCUCGACCAAGCCGCGCACGCAGCAUCAAAUUGGACGCAGUCUGAACUUGUGGACGAGAGGUUGGAUCGAUUGGGGAUUCUUUUUGGCACGAUUGGGGGUGGGUUGAAAAGUUUGAGAAUCAAGACUCCGUCGGCGGAUGAUGAGUCCGAGGCGGCGUUGGGGAGGGGCUUUGGAGCUGGGUUCGCACCGCUCAUCCAGGCGGCGAUUACGGUUGGUGAGUCAUGCGUUCUGCGUUCUGCGUUCUGCGCGCGAGGUUGAGUGGUCUCGGUCAGAGGUGUUGAUCAUUUUCUGUUCCGGCAGCGAUUCCGAUUGCAUUUGGAGGAGGCGCGGGGGGGAUCGCCGUACCCGGACCAGGACCGGCCCCACAGGCCGGUGGCAACGCACCAGCGAACCUGAACCGUGGCGCCGGUGGUGGGGGAGGAGGACCCCCCGCUGGUGCUGCUGCAGGUAACCCACCCCCUUUUGCAGGCCAGCGAGGCCCUCCCCCCGGUCAACACCAACAACGUUUCGUCUUUGGUGGCGGGCCCGGUGGACCAGGUGGGGGGAUGCCGGCGAUGGGGCCGAAUGGCAACAUCUUUGGUGGUGCCGCUGCUCCAGCCGAAGAAGAUCCGAUCCCUUUCUUUGAAAUGGUCAUUUCGUCUUGUCCCAACCUCCGACAUCUCGAACUCUAUGGACGACGAUACGAAGCUUCGCUCAUUCCUAAACUCGUUCGACUCCCCUUGCGCCAUCUCACUCUAACGAUCCCCGUCAACGCCGUCGAACAAAUUUUGACGAUCGAGGCACUUGCAAUGGCGAUUGAUGGGGAGGAGGAGGAAGAAGCGAGUACAACUUGGGCGCAAGGGUUGAAGCAGUUGGAAUUGAGUAAUAUGGGCGGCGAAUGGUUACCUACCGAACGGAGGAGGGUCAAGAUGGCGUGUGACAAGAGGGGGAUCGGGUUCGCGACGACGGACUCGAAGAGUAGUUUACUUUGA